AUGCAAAAAACACUCUCUGUUCCCACCUCCACCGCAGCCGACGGCGGUGGAACUGAAACAACCAAUGCCACCACCGGAACUGAUUCGAUACCCGUCGGUGAACUGGUGGCUGGAAACGCAGUGAUGGUGUUUGGGCAACGUGGGUGUUGCAUGUGUCAUGUUGUGAAGCUUCUGUUGUUAGGGUUAGGAGUGAACCCUACAAUCUCCGCCGUGGAUGAAGGAGAUGUGGCGGAUGUAAUUCAUCAGUUAUCGAAAAUCUCCGGGGAAGACGACGGAGAGAUGAUAGAGUUUCCGGUGGUUUAUGUGGGUGGGAAGUUGUUUGGUGGAUUAGAGAGGGUGAUGGCUACACAUAUCACCGGUGAAUUGAUUCCCAUGUUGAAGGAAGCCAAAGCUCUUUGGCUUUGAGUAAUUUGACUCCGUCUUUUAAUUUUUGGACUUUUUUU